CGUAAUGCAAUGCGCGCACCCUGCUGAGUUGCUAUGUAGUUACAGAAUACAGCCAAAACGAGAGGAGAAAACCGUACAAUAAAGUGGUGUAUCUUUGACUUUUGGACACCUGCGGUAAAGUCCACUCAUGGUGUCGAUGGAGCAUACGCGGGAGAAGAAAGAUCCUUACCACCGUAACUGUGCAAGUAGGAGACAGACGAGUGCAGAGAUAGUGACAGAGGCACGCAAUUCCCUCAAGACGCUCGGGACUCGGAGGCCUUUCACCCCGCGAGAGGAGCAGCGGCAGCUUUUCGGAGCCGCUUCAUCCCGCACCCGUGAUGGCAGACCUCCAUCCACUUUCAGCCUUCACGCUCAGAAUUUUGAGGCUCCUGAUUCCAGGCCGAAUUCUGGGACCCGUCUCUCUCCUUUGGAUCAUAAGCCCAGUUUGCCUGUUUCACCGGAUGAAGACUGUAGUGACAAGGGAAGCAUUACACCCAAACCCCCAGCUGAGCGUAUGGUACAGAGCAAUUCAGGAGGGGGCCGGGCAAGACAACGCAGAGCAACGUCUCUUACACGACUACAUCCUGUGACUCAGCAAUCAGACGAUGCUCAGCCCCACUGUAAUAAUGAACCUCCAAAGAAUAAGGAGUCCUCCCAGAAAGUUAAAACAGACCCUGUUCACGUGAAAUCAGAUUACGAAAAAGGAAGACCAGAGGACUCCUCCGAAACUCCUACACGCACACCUACAAAACACAGGCCCAGCAGGACAGAUGGAUCUUAUACAAAGGGAACAGGAUCCCAACAUACAGAUGCUGAGUGUGGCCAUGGGGACACUACAGCUGGUGAUCCCAUGGAUGUGCUGUGGAAUUCUGAGGUGCUUCCAGUUCUGCAGAUGUUUGAGACUGCUGCACCAGGAAGAGGCGAGUCAAAGGAGAGUCUUCAGUCUCUAUGUGAUGCCUGUGAACGCCUCUAUAACGUCCUGUCAGUGAAAGGCAUGCUGGGAAGACGUUUUAAGAAACGGUCCUCCAUUCUCCGCGCCCUCUUCCGGUUGAUAGAUUUGGGAUCAGACCAGCUCAACGUGACUCUGGCCAAAGUCGUACUGGCACUUAAUGUCAGUGGCAACAACUUGCUCAACAUUUGCAAACUCGUCUUCAAAAUAAGCCGGAGCCCGAGCAACGACAUCCUGUUCCAGAACAGCUCCAUUACAGAUUCCCUGCUCUGGCUUCUUCAGGGUGAGGACGUGGUCAGCGGUGGAGAGACUGUUCUGUACUGUAUGGGCUCUCUCAAGCUCCUUUCAGGAAACAGCACCCUCGCCAGGCUACUCCUGGAUAAAGACUUCAUCAGAAUUCUGAUAGAGCUUGCUCACAAGCUUGUUCCAUCCACUGUGCAUGAUGGUUUACCUAAAAAUGAUCAUACAUCAGUAAGACAUGGCCAACAUGUUAUAGCAGGACAUAUACUGGUGCAGCUGACAGCAUCUCUGCGAAACCUGGCUGACCUGCCCGAGUCCCGCUCUUCCUUCCUGUCAAACAAUGUGUUCUCUACACUGUGUGAAGUUAUGGAUGGUCAUCAGGAUGACCAAGACAUCUGUCUUAAUGUGGCCAGAAUAUUUAGCAAGCUGUCUUCAUAUGCUGAGUGCUGCUAUGUGCUAGCUGAGACGCCGAGCUGCUAUCGGCUAUUUUUAGCCUUGUUGAGCAAACACAGCAGGAAACAGGAUCUGGUGGUGCGUCUUCUGUUUACAUUAGGAAACCUGGCAGCCAGAAGUAAUGAGGCCAGACAGAGAGUGUAUGAGGAGGACGGUGCUCUAGAUGUUCUCCUAGAUCUUUUCCAGAUCUACAUGCAGGGUGUCAGAAAUCCUCUGGACUCCCAGGAUCUUUCCCAUUCAGAAGAAGACGUUCUGAUAAAGCUGAUUAGGGUUUUGGCCAACCUGUCCAUUCAUUCGACUGUAGGCGUGGCACUGGCGGCCAAUUCACAGUGUGUGGAACUACUACUGGAAGUGAUGGAGCUCAGGUCAGUGGAGGACAGUACCGAGUUGGUAGUAAAUGCAACAGCCACUAUCAACAACCUUUCAUACUACCAGACGGACGGCUCAGUGGUCCGCACCCAGCACGAACGCAUCUCUGAGCUGUUGCUGAAGUUGUUGUUAAGCACACAUAUGGAUGCUGUACUGGAGGCCACACGUGUAUUCGGCAACCUCUCCCAUAUUGAAGAAGUACGCCACUUCAUCAUAAAGAACAAAGCGCACCAGUUUGUGUUGGCCCUGCUGGACUCCAAGAACCCUGAGGUGUGCUUCUCAGCAUGUGGAGUCCUCAUGAACCUCUCAGCAGAUCCAGAUAACCGAACCAUAGUGAAUCAGGAGGGAGCCGUGAACAAGUUGAUCGAGUGUCUGCGGGACUUUGGACCUCAGGACUGGAUUUUGGCUGCUGUGGUGUGUCAGACACUGUGGAAUUGCACCGAGGACGGAGAGAAGCGAGACCCACAAGAGCUGCUGGACAUACUUUUGCUUUUUUCAGAUCACAAGGCUUUGCAGUGGCCCUCUGAUGAAGAAAUCAAGGCUUAUCAGGAGGCAUGCUGGGAGUUGGAGUUUUUACCGGUUGCACAGAGGCUGAAGAAACGCCUAAAAAGCCAUAAAAACCUACUGGAUCUGACCAGUGAGUUUUCCUGAUCCAUCACUGUGAGGAAUAAGGGAAGAAAUAAUUCAUAAUUCAGGGUAUUUGCUGCUGCACUUCAAUGUUUACAUGGUUCUAUAGUACGGUUUAUUUUAAAUCUGUAAGCGAAGAGUAGGAACUAUACAUAAAAUUAAUACAUUAAUACAUAAAAUGUAUAACAUAUAUCAACACAUUGUUUUCUUUAAUUGCUUUUAUUUAUUAAACA